GCUGCGCAGUCCUAGAUCGGCGAGAAUAUCAAAUAUUUAUUCAGCGAAAGUUCUUCACUCAACUAAAUUCGGCACAAUGGUACCACAAACACAGAAAAAAGGAAGCGUUGACCUUUCUUCGGACGCUAAAGAAUAUCGGUUCCCGGGUGUAACGCUGUUAAACUUCGUGGGUUAUUCGACUCAGUACACUCACCACCACGUACCCACAGGCAGUGCGAAGCUCUUCGGAUACGGUGUAAACUUACUUAGAAGGACGCUCUAUAUUUUAUACUUGGCAGCUUGUUUUAUCUGGAUGAUUCUGUUCGGAAUAUGUGUGUUUUCUUACGAAGUUAAUCGCUUCCACAAAGACCGAGCAGCCGGGAUUGCGCGAGAGAGCGACUUGAUCAUUAAAAUACUGGACAAUGUCCCCUGGGUGGCUACGAUGGUGCGCAAUGUGACCAUCUUGGCCCUGUAUAGUUUACAGUCCAACAACAUCCGGCAGCUGUCCGAACGUCUACAAAAUCUUCUAUACCUUUAUUUCGAAUCCGACGAUCGUUCCUUUAAAUCCCUCGUAACGGCUUCCAAGAAGACGUUACUAAUUUCCUGGAUUAUCAUCCUCAUCACUUCCUUUAUGUCGCUGCUGCAUUAUUUCAGCGUCGACUUGAGUCUGCUGGCGCACGCUGACUGGGAUUUCGGUCCGUUACCGAUGAGGCUGGGUGGUGUGCAGGUGACGAUAUGUCUGGUUGUGUUUACGUUUGUCCCAUUCUUUUUGGCGCAAAUCGUCCUGAUCAGCUAUGUGGGGACGGCGGCAGGCGGACUGUUGCUGCUUAAAUGUUUGAAUUUACGCCUGAAGGCUUUACGUAAGCCGAAACCACAGCUACUGCUGGAUUCUGCGCCGGACUACGUGGAGCAUCCCUAUCCGUACUCCGAGAAAGGCCCUUUGGGAAUGUAUCGUAUGGUUCAUUUUCAGAUCACAAACUAUAUUAACGCUGUCACUAAAGCAGCUUCUUUGACAUUAUUAUGUGCUAUGGGAACGGAUUUCGCUGCCGCGAUUGGUUAUGUCGGCUUAGUAAUCGGCAAAGCGGACUCGAAGAAUUCGGUUUUUCCUCAGUAUGACAGAUUGUACUACACAUUUUCGGCGCUGUGUUGGGCUGGUUUUUUCUUGUGUGGACAAUACUGGGCGGUAAUUGUACUUCCGGAAGAGGCGGAAAGAACCUAUCACCACCUCCAAGGGAUUUCUCUAAACCCCGACAUGACAACAAUGGCGUCAAAGCACGAACAAGCAGAAAAAGAACUGACUUACUUUAUACUUGCAACUAAGCACACAUACCUUGGAAUUGUUGCCGGAAAGGUCUUGAUGUUCUCUCGUCACAUGAGUGUCACGGUAAGAUUCAAAUUUCCAAAUACGUUAGAAGGUACAACACUGCGCUGUAAGGUUAUGAUUUACAAGCCAAUACUUAUUGAUAGUCAUACUGUGAAUUUUGGAAUUGUCGAUUUCAGAUUACAACAUUGCUGUUAUCGUAUGCGAUCCUUGUUUACGAGCUUAUCCACCGUGAUCGAACCACUGUAUCCAAUGUUGUGGAAACUAACAAGAAUGUCACAAAGCUGAUCGAAAACUUUAUCGGCGGCAACGGUAGCAAAACCGGAACUAAUCGAACACUCUAAAUUUCUACAGAAGUUUGCUGCUUCAGGAUUCCUUGUGUGCUUUUGCCACUUGCAUAAUGCAGACAUUUAAACUGAUCUAGUUUUGCUUUAGCUGUACGGUGAAAACCAAGAAAGUUCUCGCUUAAGUGAAAACAGAAAC